AUGUCCUUCCUCCGACAUGUCCGAGCUGUAGCCGAAGUCGACGUCAAUGUUGGCCAAGGAAUGUUUUGGCUCGUGUCUCUCACGACCUCCCAACCCAGCAUGCUCAAAAAAGUCGUGCGGGAGGCGUGGACAUGCCCCCGAUGUCUACAAAACAGCCGGCGGAGUCUGGUCACGUCCAGCAGAACAAGAGGUGCUGCUGCAGCGGCGGCCGCCGUGUCCAGAGGCGACGAUUCACCCCAGCCAGUCUCCAAGACAUCGCCAGAAAUUGCAGCAGACGAUCGAACGCUCCGUAAAAUCUUCGACAGCCCGGGCUUUUGGGCGGAGUUCUCCUCCAAGAAUCAGUAUCAUUACGGCGGAAAGAGUGCUGGCUUGCUCCAAAAUCGCUACCUCACUCGGCCCGAGGGCUUUGCGAUCUUUGCUGAUGUCACGCUGCAAAAGAGUAGACGCAUUGUUGCUCAAGUACUGGCAUACGACACGAUUGAGGGCUAUAAAAGGAUUGCGCGGGACAUGGACAGACUAAGUGAUCUUCUAUGCCGAGUGAUAGAUCUCAGUGAUUUCAUUCGGUCCGUCCAUCCGGAUAGGAAGAUCCAGGCGGCGGCGACACAGGCUUAUGCCAUGAUGUUUCAAUAUAUGAAUGUAUUGAACACAACAACAGGGUUGGAUUCACAACUCAAAAAAGCCGUUGCCAUUCCAGAAGUUGUUCAGUCAUGGAGCGAGGAGGAGAAGACCGUCGCUGAUAUUCUGAUUCGAGACUUUGCCAAAUCAGCAAUAGACUUGCCACAGAAAGAACGUGAGGCGUUUGUGAGUCUGUCCGACGAAUUGGCACAGGUGGGCAACGACUUUGUGGAGAACAUGGCUGCAGAAAGGCCGUCGCUCACCUUCGAGAGCAGCAAGAUGAAGGGCAUGGAUCCAGUAUUCGUCAAGCAGUUGACGAGAUGGGGCAAGGUCACCCUGCCAGUCGAAGGCAUGCCCGCGAAUCUGGCUCUGCGAUCGGUCGAGAAUGCAGAUGUACGACACGAAAUCUACAUGGCUCAUCGCACCUCUUCAAAAGAUAACAUACAUCGUCUGGAGCGUCUCCUAAAACUCCGCGCGGAAUCUGCAAAGCUGUCAGGCCAUGAAAGCUAUGCGCAUCUGGCCCUUUCCGACAAGAUGGCCAAGACGCCCGAAGCUGUGACUUCCUUCCUCGACGGUCUGGCUCAAGUCAACGCACCUCACGUGCAAGAGGAGAUGCAACAGCUGCUGGCGCUCAAACAAGCAGACGCGCAUGUAGCCUCGGAUUCUUCAAUCCUCAACGCCUGGGACAGAGAAUACUACACGCAAAAACUUCUCAAUGCCAACCGCUCUCGCGCACGAACUCCUGAUGUUCUCAGCGCAUACUUCUCCCUCGGUACCGUCUUUCAAGGCCUCUCUCGUCUCUUUCACCGCAUCUAUGGGAUUCGUUUGGUACCCCGCGAAACGCACCCCGGCGAAACUUGGAAUUCUUCUGUCCGUCGUCUAGACGUGGUGGACGAUCAAGAAGGCCACAUAGCCGUAAUCUAUGCCGACCUCUUCGAACGCGCAGGUAAAAGUCCCAACCCGGCGCAUUUCACGCUACGCUGCUCCCGCCGCAUCAGUGACGAGGAAAUGCAUGAAGCAGCGGAAAUCAGCUCCCAAUCUGCAUCCCCCUUCAACACAGCCACAGAAGCAGUCAAUGAUGGACUGGCUGUCAGUCAUAACCCACGAGACGGCAAUGCUCUAUAUCAACUCCCCACCAUUGCCUUGAUCUGCGACUUCGCCUUGCCGCCCGCGGGGAGCACCCGUCCUUCACUCCUCACAUUCCGAGAGCUCACCACACUCUUCCACGAGAUGGGUCAUGCGCUGCACUCCAUCUGCGGUCGUACCGCAUUGCAGAAUGUCAGCGGGACGCGCUGCGCCACAGAUUUUGCUGAGCUGCCAUCUGUCCUGCACGAGAACUUUGCCUCGGCACCAGAGGUUCUGGCGCUGUAUGCUCGGCACUGGGAGACGGACGCUCCACUCGAUCCGGGAAGAAUCGCAGAGAGGGUGGAGAUUGACAAGAGAAUGCAAGGUGCGGAGACGGAAAGCCAGAUUCUACUCGCGAUGUUGGAUCAGCGCUACCACUCAUCUUCAUUUAGCGGUGACAGUACUGCAGUAUAUCACGAUGUUUGGAGACAGUAUGCCGCCCUUCGCGAGCCUGCGGGUACGAGCUGGCAGGGAUUUUUUGGACAUUUGUUCGGGUAUGGAGCUACGUAUUACAGCUAUCUGUUCGAUCGGGCGAUUGCAGGAAAGAUCUGGAAGGACGUGUUUCAGGGCAGGGCCGUGAGUCCGGAAGCUGGAGAGAGAUAUAGAGAGGAGGUUUUGAGAUGGGGAGGCGGGAGAGACGGAUGGAGAUGUGUGGCUGGUGUUUUGCAGGAGAAGAACGGUGUGCUCGCCGAAGGCGGCAAGGGUGCUAUGGAGAUGGUGGGCAAAUGGGGUGUACAUAAUUAA